ACCAUUCUUGUGCGAUUUACAUUUGUGGCUCAGAUGCUGAACUCCUUUCGCUGGACAUACAGCGUGCUAUCCAUGGUAAUUGGUAGAUAACGUGCAUUAGGUUGGUGAACUAUCCAUUUUCGUUAUUCGAUUCUCACUACCUAACCUAGCUCGCUUUAGUACACUUUCGUGCACCAGCCAAGAGGAGACGACUAUUCUCGUUCAAAAGAUCAUUCGUUUCAAUCCAUGCAUUAAGAGUGAGGGAGAGGGAGAGAUAAAGAGAAAGAGAGACCUAAUUAAGCUGAUGGGGCUAGUUAUCAAACUUGUACGCCACUAAGACUAUGAGUUCACAUAUAUAUGCAGAUGAGAGAGCAAGAGAGAUGGAGUUUGCAGCAGGUUCAGAGAGGCAAAUGGGUUGCUCUCCCUUGGGCAGGAUGAUAUCUAGAGUCAUCAAGAAAUGCAACGGGCGCAGACGACGGAUGAGGAACGAGGGGCUGGACUACGCCAUGGCAUACCCCCAAGCUCAAACAUGCUACGUACGUCCAACGCCACCGCAAGUCCACGGUCCGUUCGGCCCAACCGCCGCCGCGCCGCCUCGAGCAGGCGGCAAGCCGCGCAAGCGCAAGAAGUCCAAGUCCAAGAACGUCCGGUUCAGCACGGCGGCUGGGCCGGUAUACCCCGGGUCAGCGCCACCGCCGAACGCUGCCGAUGCAUACCAGCAUGCAUCGGCGGCAGGGACGAGCGGCGACGCGGCGUACGGCGACCAACGCCAUCACCACCACGCGGCCGCCGCCUCCCACGCGUACUCGUCGGCGCAGCACGGGCACGGCCAGGAGUACGGCUACGCCAGGUACGCGCCGUCGCCGCUAACGCGGUGGGAGAUGCUCGGCUCCUCCGGCACGCCGAGGCGGCACGAGUACUUCUCCGGCGAGUACAGGUGGUCCUACCCGACGCCGGUGCGCGAGGGCAUCUACAGCAUGGCCACGGACGCCAACCGGCUCACGGCCAUCUUCAGCGAGGAGAAUCCCAACGCCUGUACCAUAGUCUGAUCCACUGGUGGCCGACAGUGGUCAGGGAAUAAAUUUGUAUGAUUUUUAGGGAAAUUUUGUGGUAAUUAUUUACGCAGAGUACGAUGCUUGUAAAACUUGUGUAGAACAGUA